AUGACUCGUCAUGGUAAAAAUGCUACAGCAUCUGCGGUCUAUUCUUAUUCAGAAAGGCGAAAAGAUGCCAAGGAAUCUGGCUAUGGCACACUGUAUCAAAGACUUGGUGCAGACUCAGUCAAAGAAUUUGAUUGUUGCUCGAUAACUUUGCAGCCAUGCCAAGAUCCUGUGAUCUCACCUCAUGGUUAUAUUUUUGAUCGCGAAGCUGUCUUAGAGUAUUAUCUAGAGCAGAAGAAAGAAAAUUUGCGAAAAUUAAAAGAAUGGGAGAAACAGUGCGAAAAAGAGAUUGAAAUUGAAAAAAUUCAAAGAAGUGGAAGUAGUAAACGAUUGAAAGACGAUGAAAUUUCAAAUGUAGCUGGUGAAAAAGCAAAAGAAUAUCCUAGCUUCUGGAUCCCGCAGCUGAAUCCUUCCGUGGAACUGAAAAUUGAGAAACCGGAACAUCGUGUAUUCUGCCCACUGUCUGGUAAACCACUCAAGAUCAAAGAAUUGAUGCCAGUAAAAUUCACUCUUAUUUUAAUAGCCCGGAAAGUGCGAUAUAUGUGUCCAGUAACACAUGAUGCACUUACGAACACAACUCGAUGCGCUUAUCUGAAAACUAGUCAAAAUGUAGUCACAAUGGAUUGCGUCGAGAAAAUAAUCAAGAAAGACAUGAUAGAUCCAAUAAAUGGGAAACCUUUGAAAACUGGAGACAUAAUUGAACUUCAGAGAGGUGGCACAGGUAGUUUCGCUUCUACAAAUGAAGUAAAAGCAAAGUUAGUAAGACCUCAACUGGAGCUGCAGUGA